CGCGACAUCAUACAUACGAAAAGUUCGCCUCUCCUGGCUCGCGGCGUUCACUGUUGAUUGUGUUGUUACCUGCAUGUUGAUUUCUCAUUAUAUCCACGAAGAUAAAAUCCGUCUCAUUCCCGGCAGGAGCAUUGAGAGUUCCUUACUACUAGGACAGACCGCGCCUUCCACACGUCUCAAUCUCCUCUACCAAUGCAUUCCAACCCGAUCUUGAUUCUCCGCGGCCUCCAAGGAAUUCUGGCUUUUGUCGCCAUGGCCCUGGGGGCAACCGUUGCAAAUGUACUCAACACUCACCAUCCCGCAGCCUCUGUUCCAAGUGCUGUCAUCUUCUUCGCCUUUACCGCGGUCUUCACCCUGCUCGUCACCGUACCAUACACAAUUCUGACCCCUCGCUACUUCCCGGUCCUAGCUUAUCCGCCUGCAAUGCUUGCCGCCGAAGCCAUCACCUCCGUCCUGUGGCUCGCAGGCUUCGCGGCUGUGGCAGAACUUUUGCGAAGGUCCAACAUCUGCGAGAUUGGAGCAUGUGCUUCAGCAAGGGGAAGCGUCGUGGUCGGCGUGUUCGAGUGGAUCCUGUUUGCAGGCACAACCUAUUUCGCCUUUUCCCAUGUCUUCCUUGAUGGUAAAUUCGCCGGCGGAAAGAACACCGACAACAAGCAGUCAGAAGGGCAGAGAUCGUGGUCAGGCGCGGAGCCGGUGUGAAAGUUUCAUGGGAUUGACUUAUUGAUAUCGCACCGGAGACGCAGACUGAUCAUGAAGGUCGUGGUAUGGUCAAAAGUCGGAAAAGUUGGAGAGAGAACUCGCGUGCCCAGCCAUGCGGUGUGCGUCCCUA